ACCGAAUCCUCUUCCAUACCUCUCUUUCCUCUCUGUCUCUCCAGCGCAUUGAAGGAAGAAGAGCUCAUGCAUUAAGACGCAAGGUGACCUCCCUCUUUCUGGGAUUCCUUUGAUUUCAUGCAAGAUCUGUCCACGCUCUCGCUUUCGCUUUCUUGCAACUUGGCUGUUGGAGGUUACCCAGGAGUUCAAGCGUCGUGGUCUUUUGCCUGACACUAAGCUCUCUGGGUUGGCAACCUUCUCUUGUGCCUCAUUUGUGUGUAAGAGUCAUAACUCAGACAGGGUGGAAGAGGCGGCCCACUAGCACAUUUUCUAGCUCUAAGUCAAGUCUGUGCACUGCCAAGUUAAUUAAGGGCAGGUUGCUCUUAAUUGGCUUCUACACUCUUGGGAGGAAAUGAAUCUCAUUCAGUGUUCACGGCGUUCAGACAUUGCACUGCCUUUCGUUGAGUGUCUACAUCAUGUGAACGUGAAUCCUAAGCCGGCUUUACUGGUUAGUAGAUCCCUGAGGAGAACUAGAUCUCAUUGUGGAAGCAAGAACGUGAUAAAAUGUAGCCAUUUAAUGCCUGGGCACCUGGAAGGAUCUUUUGUGGGAAAGAAGCAGGUGGAGGAGCGUCCUAAGAAGCUGCAAUUUGUGAGGACAUUGCUGAUCGACAACUAUGAUAGUUACACAUACAACAUCUACCAGGAGUUAUCAGUUAUCAAUGGGGUGCCUCCUGUUGUGAUAAGAAAUGAUAGUUGGACGUGGAAAGACAUAUGUCAACACUUGUAUGAAGAAAACGCAUUCGAUAAUAUUGUUAUAUCGCCUGGACCUGGUUCUCCAACAUGCCCUGCUGAUGUAGGAAUAUGUCUUCAGCUGUUGCUUGAGUGCGGAGACAUACCAAUUUUGGGUGUUUGCCUCGGACACCAGGCUUUGGGUUAUGUACAUGGCGCAAAAGUUGUACAUGCAUCUCAACCAAUCCAUGGUCGCUUGAGUGAGAUCAAGCAUAAUGGUAGCAGGUUGUUUCAUGACAUUCCUUCUGGUAGAAACUCGGGAUUUAAGGUGGUCCGGUAUCAUUCCCUUGUUUUAGAUGCACAAACACUUCCUGAAGAACUCGUCCCUAUAGCAUGGACCACUUCUAGUGAUGCACUUUCCUUUUCUGAGGACAAUUUUGUUUCUCCAGAUGCCUAUGCUAAAACCAGUGAAGGAUACUCAACUUUAUUUUCAGACAUAAGAAACGAAAACUCUUGGCCUUUAAGCCAUUCUGGAGACAUACGAAGCCGAAAAGUCCUUAUGGGCAUUAUGCAUUCUACUUGGCCUCAUUAUGGUGUGCAGUUUCAUCCAGAGAGUGUUGCAACUUGUCACGGGAGACAGAUUUUCAAGAAUUUCAGGCGAAUAACGGAAGACUAUUGGUUGAGAUCAAGCUCCUCUUUCUUCAGAAGGAGAUAUGCUUAUUUUACUGCGCAAAUCCAGGUGCCCCAUGCUAAUCAUAUAUCGGGACAAGUUCGUUUAACAAAUACUCCCUCAGUGGAGACUGAUGGCAAUCACGUGCUUCAAGAGGUUACUAGAAGCAGAAGACCAGUGGAUGAUUUGGACGAGAGGAACUGCCUUGGUAUGACAAAUCUGGGAAUUUCACCUACAACCAUUGACAUGAAGCUACUUAAGUUAACAUGGAGAAGGCUAGAAGGUUUGGCUGCUAAACUUGGUGGAGCCAAGAACAUAUUCUGUGAACUUUUUUCUGAUGACAAGGCUGAGAACACCUUUUGGUUGGAUAGUUCGUCAAUUGAGAAGGGAAGAGCUAGAUUUUCAUUUAUGGGUGGUAAAGGAGGACCUCUUUCGAAGCGAUUGACAUUUAGAUUGACCAACAGAAGUGAUGCAGCUCAUUGUGGAGGUUAUCUAUCAAUUGAAGAUGCUCAUGGCCAUGUUAGUAGUACAUACUUGGAAAAAGGUUUCCUUGAUUUCUUGAACAAGGAGCUUCUGUCAUUUCAUUGUGAAGAAAAAGAUUUUGAAGGAUUACCAUUUGAGUUUUACGGAGGAUUUGUCGGGUACAUAGGGUAUAACCUCAAAGUAGAAUGUGGUGCAGCAACUAAUUGUCACAAGUCACCAGUUCCAGAUGCUUGUUUUCUCUUUGCUGAUAACUUUGUAGUGGUUGAUCAUCUCAAUGACGAUGUUUAUUUGAUGUCGAUACAUGACCGCAACACACCUGGCACAACAUGGCUGGAUAAUACAGAAGAAAAGCUUCUUACUUUAAGAACAGCUCCUACAGAAGAACCAAAGAACAAAAAUAUGGGGUCCAUGACAAUUUCCCCCCAUGAAGCAGGGUUUUGUGCUGAGAAAUCCAAAGAGCAGUACAUGGAAGAUGUCAGGAAGUGCUUGCAGUAUAUAAAAGAUGGAGAAAGCUAUGAGUUAUGUGUCACGACCCAAAUAAGGAAAAAAGUUGAGGAGAUGGAUCCUCUGCAACUGUACCUUCACCUUAGAGAAACCAAUCCAGCACCAUAUGCUGCUUGGCUUAAUUUUGCAAAGGAGAAUCUCCACAUCUGCUGCUCUUCCCCUGAGAGAUUUUUGCGGUUGGAUAGAAAUGGUAUCUUGGAAGCAAAGCCCAUAAAGGGUACCAUAGCUCGGGGAGUGACAAAAGAGGAAGAUGAAAAGCGCAAAUUGCAACUGCAUUACAGUGAAAAGGAUCAAGCAGAGAAUCUGAUGAUUGUCGAUCUUCUGAGAAAUGACCUUGGUCGGGUUUGUGAGCCCGGUUCUGUUCAUGUACCUCAUCUGAUGGAUGUUGAGUCAUAUGCCACAGUCCAUACCAUGGUGAGUACAAUACGUGGAAAGAAGCGCAGCGACGUCAGUGCAGUUGACUGUGUCAGAGCUGCAUUUCCUGGUGGUUCAAUGACAGGAGCACCUAAACUGAGAUCUAUGGAACUUCUUGAUUCUCUGGAGACCUGCUCUCGAGGUAUCUAUUCGGGAUCCAUCGGUUUUUUCUCUAUCAAUCAGACGUUUGAUCUGAACAUCGUCAUAAGAACAGUUGUGAUACAUGAGAAUGAAGCUUCGAUCGGGGCAGGCGGGGCCAUUGUCGCCUUAUCGAACCCCGAAGACGAGUACGAGGAAAUGAAUUUGAAGACCUGUGCACCAGUGAAGGCAGUGAUGGAUAUUCAGAACGAUGAGAAUUUGGCAAUCCCUUUCCCCCCUCUUUUCUUCAGCAGGUGAUAGGUAGAACUGUCUGUUAAUUGGUUGAUACUGCUUGUGCCUCGAUUUGCUAUUCAUUGACAAAACAAGAUACAUUCAAUUUGUGCAACAAAUAAGGGAUUUAUUCAUUCAAAUCGAAAGUUAUUUUUGUUGAAUUUGUCU